ACUCAGCGCCUCGGAGAGAGUCACACGGAGGGAGAGAGCGAGAGAGAGCGAGCGAGAGCGAGCGAGCGAGAGAGAGGCGGGCUCUAAGACCCAGCAGGCACCAUUUCGCUCUCGCCCUGGGUCCGGGGGACCCGCUCGGACACCAGGGGGCGAUGCCCGACCCGAUUUAAAAGCGGUCGCCGCGCGGGCCUGGCCAUUCGCGACCCGGAGCUGCGCGGGCGCGAGCCGGUCGGGGGCUCCGGGUGGGCGGCGGCGCCACGCGCGGGCUGGAGGCCGCCGAGGCUCGCCAUGCCGGGAGAGCUCUAACUCCCCGAUGGAGCCGGCCGACUUCUACGAGGCGGAGCCGCGGCCCCCGAUGAGCAGCCACCUCCAGAGCCCCCCGCACGCGCCCGGCAGCGCCGCCUUCGGCUUCCCCCGGGGCGCGGGCCCCGCGCCGCCCCCAGCCCCACCUGCCGUCCCGGAGCCGCUGGGCGGCAUCUGCGAGCACGAGACGUCCAUAGACAUCAGCGCCUACAUCGACCCGGCCGCCUUCAACGACGAGUUCCUGGCCGACCUCUUCCAGCACAGCCGGCAGCAGGAGAAGGCCAAGGCGGCGGCGGCGGGCCCCGCGGGCGGCGGCGGCGGCGGCGGCGGCGACUUUGACUACCCGGGCGCCCCGGCGGGCCCCGGCGGCGCGGUCAUGUCGGCGGGGGCGCACGGCCCCCCUCCGGGCUACGGCUGCGCGGCGGCCGGCUACCUGGACGGCAGGCUGGAGCCCCUGUACGAGCGCGUCGGGGCGCCCGCGCUGCGGCCGCUGGUGAUCAAGCAGGAGCCCCGCGAGGAGGACGAGGCGAAGCAGCUGGCGCUGGCCGGCCUCUUCCCCUACCAGCCGCCGCCGCCGCCGCCGCCGCCGCACCCGCACGCGUCCCCCGCGCACCUGGCCGCCCCGCACCUGCAGUUCCAGAUCGCGCACUGCGGCCAGACCACCGUGCACCUGCAGCCCGGACACCCCACGCCGCCGCCCACGCCCGUGCCCAGCCCGCACCCCGCGCCCGCGCUGGCUGCCGCGGGCCUGCCGGGCCCCGGGGGCGCGCUCAAGGGCUUGGCCGGGGCGCACCCCGACCUCCGCUCGGGCGGCGGCGGCGGCGGCGGCGGCGGAGGGGCCGGCACGGGCAAGGCCAAGAAGUCGGUGGACAAGAACAGCAACGAGUACCGGGUACGUCGCGAACGGAACAACAUCGCGGUGCGCAAGAGCCGGGAUAAAGCCAAACAGCGCAACGUGGAGACCCAGCAGAAGGUGCUGGAGCUGACCAGUGACAAUGACCGCCUGCGCAAGCGGGUGGAGCAGCUCAGCCGCGAGCUGGACACGCUGCGGGGCAUCUUCCGCCAGCUGCCCGAGAGUUCCUUGGUCAAGGCCAUGGGCAACCACGCGUGAGGCGCGCGCCUGCGGGACCUCCCCGCCUUGGGCCGGCCCCCUGGCCCCGGGACCGGAGAAUGGUUUCGGGUCGCUGGACCUCCAGGCUGCCCGGGCCGGCCGCCACGCGAGCCGGGACUAGGAGACUCCGGUGUCGUCUGAAAGCCUGGCCUGCUCCGCGCGUCCCCUCCCUUCCUCUGAGCCGGACUCGGACUCGGUGCGUCUAAGAGGAGGGAGCCAGGCCGCGGUUUCUCCUUGAGACGGGGAGACUUUUCCCCCACCCCGCAGAGCCCAGCGGGGAGCCCGGCAAUUCUAGUAUUAAGGAAGUAAUCCUGUGCCUUGGAGACUCAAAACUCGCUCCUUUUCCUACCGAGUAGGGGGAGCAGAACGCGUGCCUUGAUGUUUUAUUUGGAGGAUUCCUGUCUCCUCCGAAGCUGCAGCAGGGCCCUUCCCGUGAGAAAAUGAAGGGGGCAGGCCCCAGGGCAGGAGGAAAGUUCAGGAAGCUGAGAUCCCCGCGGUGCUCCCGGGGCAGCCCCCCAGUCCCUGUCCUUGGAGGGGAGGGACUGAGGGAGUUGGGGAUUUGGGUCUUAAGGGUGUACCCCUCCCCUGGCUACGUGGAGAUGAAGGGUUCCUGGUUCCUUGAUUUCCCCACCUCCACCUUCGCUCCCCACUUCGCACACAACAGGCUAGAUCUCCUGGGUGAGUUCAUGGAGGAUGGGGGGCACCACCCCGGAGUCAGACCAGAAAGCUAGGUGUGAGUUGGCCAUGUGGUUAAGGGGAGCGGUGGGAACCUAAGUUUCUGGUCUUGGGGGUUGGAGGGGUGGAAGGACACCAGGACCGUCAGCCUUGUGUACUGUAUGUCGCCAGCCGCUGUUGCCGAAGGAACUUGAAGCACAAUCGAUCCAUCCCAGAGGGACUGGAGUUAUGACAAGCUUCCCAAAUAUUUUGCUUUAUCAUCCGAUAUCAACACUUGUAUCUGGUCUCUGUGUCCCAGCGGUGCCUUGUGCAAUGUCAGUGUGCACGUCUAUGCUAAACCACCAUUUUAUUUGGUCCUUUGUUUUGUUUUGGUUUUUGCUCUGAUUCUUGCCAAAAUGAGACUCUUCUUCGCUCGCUAGUGGCUGGGGGAAGGAGCUGAGUGAGGCUCUUCUUUCCUUUUUUUUUUUUUUUUCCUCCCAGAGGACCAAUGAAAUGAAGUGGGCUUCCUCCUUCCUCCUUCCCCCAGUUUUCCAGGGACGUGUGUAGUAGUUGUGGGUCUCAGCUGAGACUGCACACAGCUUCUUCCCCCCCCCCCCCACCUCCCUACCACCAGAGGCCCUGGCUCUGGGUCUGGAAAGAAGGCCACCUCCAGCCAAUUUGUACCAGGGGUAGACUGUUUCCUUCUCUUCUUUGGGGGAGGGGAGGACGGGACACACACAGAGUUUCAUGCUAGAUGCCGUAUGUAUCAUAUCUAUAAUAUAAACAUAUCAAACUCAA